AUGUCCUCAGUAGCGCAGCUAGAUUCCUUGGCACUGGACUCUGAAUUACAUGAAUCUAUAUGGAACGAGUUUCAGUCCCAUUUUAAGCCUAUUAAUAAUAUUGAUGAAUGGCAGCUACUUAUCCACACAUUGGUGUUUUAUCUUUCAACACAUACGAAUCUAAAAGGCGUAAGUACUUAUGGUUCUCAGUUAAGUGGGGUCACUUACCAGACCACCAAGUCUACUUUAUUCUUAGUUUCUGUUUUGGUUCAGUUUUUGCAUAAGAAGUUUUCAUCGGCAAUACUAAGGGGAGACAAGUUCACGAAGUGGUAUCUGAUGGCUUCUAAAUUGUACCAUUGUUACGACUUGUUUAACUUCUUACAGUUUCUUUCAACGCCAUGUUUUAUCUCACCUAUUCACAGGCUAUUUAACGUUACAUGCACUAAGGCACUUGAGGAGUCAACUUUCUAUACUUCGACAGUAUAUGCUGGCCUAGAGUUCCAAAACAGGCAGCUCAUGUGGAAUACCAUUCUAGAACUUCUGAAUAAAAACGUACUUCAACUAAAUUACUUUUCAAGACAGCAGCUUGAAAAGAACGAAACGCCGACAAGACAAGAUCAGUGCGCGAGGUGCAAGGAGCUCCCGGUCAAUCCAUAUUCUAGCUCUUGCUGCAGAUCCACAUACUGCUACGUUUGUCUUAUUAGGAAUUUGGAUGUCAUGUUUUGCAGCAAUUGUGGUACCAAGAAGACGUUUACGGCCACACCAUUAUAUGCUGCAGCGAAGUUAGAAGGAAACUAG